UGCUUUCAAAUUUAGAGCAGAAGACAUCUCUUUAAAAUACAUAUAAGGCCGAAUCCUUGACCACUUUUCACGAUAUGGAUUCCCGGGCAUCCUUGGCAUCCCAGGAAUCAACAGCACAAAUCAACAUGAUCAGUCCCAGAAAACGCCCGUUGCACACUUGUGCGGUUUCAUUUUUAGCGGUAGCUCAUAGAGCCUUCACCAUAGCCCAAGGUCUUAAUGGACCGCUAGGGUUCAUAAUAAAAAUUGCAGCCAGACUAAUAACGUUGGCCGGACCCUUGGCUUAUGCCUUGAAAUACCAAUGGGUCACAAUGACAAUCCUCUCAUUCAUCGACGGUCGAAUUUUAGCCCUUGAAGGCAUGAUCGAGAGAUUUUACCCUCCUUCACACAUUGUGUUCGACAAGAUCGACGACCUUGUCCAAGUCACCGAAUCCCUGCCUGGAAAAUUCGACAAUGCUGUUAGCAAAAUCCCUGCACAUUUCCAUCACAUUUCAUUUUUCGACUGGACGUUGGUUCGUGCCAUUUGGCUGCUGAAUUUUGUUGCGGCUACAUUGACUAACUACUGGAGAAAGUCAAAGGGUACGAGGGAGAAGGAGAUUAAGGUUGAUACAAGCAGCAAUAUUGAUCACAACUGUCAACCAGGUUCGGUUCAUGAGGCCGACCAGUCUUCCCCAAAUUGUAAUAAGAUUAAUAAGGGUAAUAAUUUCUCUUCUCCGCGUAAAGCUGUUACUUACAAGGACGUGCUUCUACAGAAGGGAACAAAUAAAGGAGGGAUUGGAAAAAAAGAAGAGAACAAGGUUAACAACAGGGAAGAAGUGGAGAGUAGUGUUGCUGAUGAUGAUGAAAGUGAAACCAACUCUAAGGAUGAUCUCAUCGAAAUGUUCGAAUCAUCCUGGCUUAUGACAUCGCCGGGAAAAAAUGAUGAAAAUUACGCGCCGCGUUCUGUUUCAUUCGCUUUUUAACAAAAAUAGCAAGAAUUUAACCACUUUUUCAUGAAUAACAAAAAA